CCCAUCCUGUGCUUUUUAAUCGAAGGCGGGCUUCUCUCUCCUCUCUUCACUCAGACUGUUGUCAGCGUUAGCUGCUGAAACAUCGUCAAAAACGCCACAUCUCGUCGCUAAAAUGGUGAGGACCAAAGCCGACAGUGUUCCCGGGUCCUACAGAAAAGCUGUUGCAGCUUCUGCUCCUCGAAAGUCUCUGGGCUCCAGUUCAGCGAACUCCUCGUCCUCCAGCAGCGGCGGCGGCCAGGCGUCCACACCUGCAAAGAGCAAAUAUGCCGGGGGGAACCCGGUGUGUCCUCGUCCCACUCCCACCUGGCAGAAGGGCAUCGGGGAUUUCUUUGGUGGACCCCCAAGGAAACCUGAGAAGGAGAACCUGAGACCUCAGGAGGUAGAGGACGACGAAGAGGCCGGCGGCAGCGGGAUGUCAAAGGCCAGCAGGAAGUCCAGACCACUUCCUGCUGAGGAGGACGAGGACUGACUCUGAAGACUGAAUGCGUCCGUACUCUGUACAUCUGUAUAUAAUUGUUUUUCUACUGAAAUCACUUUUAAUUGUAUAGCUCAUUAAAGUUUGUGUUGUCAUGUUUUUAAACUGCUGAGUCAUGUCUGUUAUGUUGUAGUUGUUGACAUCUUUAAUGUCUGACUUGACAUUUAAAUGUUCUUGACCUCAUUAAAGGGACAAAAGUUCA